UCACCGGUCAUUAUUCUUGGAUGGCUUGCUCCUUCCCAUCCUCUAAACCUGUCGGCUUUUGCUGCUAAGAUUAGGGUUUCUUUACCCCUUCCUUUCCCCUUCCUUUCCCCUCACUUCCUUUCGAGGAUUUAGUUUUUCGUCCCUCUUAGAGAAUGAUGCAAGGCGGAGGGAUGGUUCCGCCUACCUUGGACCAGCAAUAUCAGAUACCUCCGCCGCAGUAUCAGAUCCCGCCGCCGACACAGUCAGUUCCGCCGCAAUGGGGAACGGUUCCACCGCCUGCACCUCAACCGCAGUACCCUCAGCCGCAGGUGAUGCCUAUGUGGAACCAGCAACCAAGUCAGAUUCCCCCGGCGCAGGCUAUGCAGCCGAUGCCCCAGCAGCAACAAUUUCAACCUCAGUAUGGCGCACCCAUGCCGGCACCGGCCAACGUUUCCCUCUCGGCGGCGCAACCCCAGUUCGCCGACGAGGUUCGCACGCUUUGGAUUGGAGAUCUGCAGUAUUGGAUGGAGGAAUCAUACGUCUAUAGUUGCUUUGCCCAAAGUGGGGAGGUUGUAUCCGUGAAGCUUAUCAGGAACAAGCAAACUGGACAAUUGGAAAGCUAUGGUUUUAUUGAGUUUGCUUCUCGUGCUGCUGCUGAAAGAGUUCUUCAGACUUACAAUGGAGCAUUGAUGCCUAAUUCUGAACAAGUUUUCAGGUUGAACUGGGCAUCUGCAGGUGGAAAAAAGGGAGAUGAAGCUAAUGAUUUUACCAUAUUUGUUGGCGAUUUGGCAUCUGAUGUUACAGACUUCAUGUUACUAGAAGUAUUUAGGAGCCAUUACACAUCCGUUAAGGGUGCAAAACUUGUUACUGAUAGAAUCACUGGCCGUUCAAAAGGCUAUGGAUUUGUUAGGUUUGCAGAUUCGAGCGAGCAGAAUCGGGCAUUGACGGAAAUGAAUGGUGUUUAUUGUUCUUCUAGACCUAUGCGGGUUGGUCCAGCAGCUAGUAAGAGGUCUGCGGAUGCACAACAGCACGACUCUGCAAAAGGUUAUAAAAAAAAAAAAAAAAAAACUAAGCUAUGA